AUGGAUAUAGAUCCGAAAGAACAAGAUGAUGAUCAACAACAGGAUUCGAGAAAGAAACAGAAACUCGUUGAAGAUUUUCAGUCAUCAUAUCCUCAAUAUCGAAUGGAGAAAUCUCUGAGAAUAGCGGAUGUGAAAGAAAUCGAGAUGUUUAAUGUUCCAUCAGAGGAUGAUCAGCAAAAGGAUUCGAGAAAGAAACAGAAACUCGUUGAUGAUUUCCAGUCACCGUAUCCUCAAUUUCGAAUGGAGAGACCUCUGAGAAUAGCGGGCGUGGAAGAAAUCAAGAUGUUUAAUGUUCCACCAGAAAUCCGAGGUCGUUUCGAAGUGAGAGAAAGGGAGGAAUAUACGGAAGAAUCAUCGAAAAGAGCAAGAACAAGAUCCCCUGAAGUUAUUCGUCUGCGUGCAGAUUCGAGUAGCGAAGCAUUUAGUAUGGAGGCAGUGAAAUUAGAGGAGAAAAUGGCAGAGCCACUGAAAUUGAUGGAGGAAAUCGUGAGUGUAUACAGUAAGUACAUUGAUCAUAUACUUCUAAUGGCGAGAAAUCGAUUCAAAGAUGAGGACAAGUGGAAUUUUGGUAGAAAUGAGUGCGGCGGCCUGGCUGAGAUUUUCUUGAAAAACAUCCAAACCUUAGGAUCUGAAUUAGUGCGAAUGAAGAAUGAUUUGAGUCAAAUGAAGAACUAUUUCAUCAUAGCUCCCCGUAUUCGUCAGAUUAUGAAUCAACUGGAAACGAUGCAUGAAAGCUUCGACCGAUCUCCGAAUAUUAGCGCUUCUGCAAAGCCAAACUGCACAAAACAAGAACUGAUCGCCUGUAUGGAAGAGCUUAAUCAGUUCAAGAAACAAUUUAGAAACGAAGACAUUAUCCUUGAACUAUUCAUUGAGUCGAUUCGUCAACCUGUAAACGCGUUUGAUCUUUCCAAGCAAGAACAAAACGACAAACUUCUCUACGGUCACCACGAUCUGCAAAGAGACAAAGAAAGCCAUGGCGGAUUUGAGCAUAAAGUUAAAGAAGCCACUCGAGAAGAUCUCCUUGGAUAUGAAUCACAUUCUCAAUAUCAUGAUUACGAUAUUAUCCUUCAGUUCAACAAAUUGGCCAUGGAGUCGGAUCGUAGAUACGUUGCCAGUAAACUCCAGAAAGAACAAAAGGAUGAAGAAAAUGACGGAAGAUCCAAGUAUAAAACUGAAGAAGGUGAGACUCCUCCGAUUAAAAAGAACCUGGAAGAAUCGAAUACUUCAGAAACAUUCAAAAUCAAAGAGUGUCCAAAAGUGAAGACAGAGAAUGAUGAUCCGUUUGAUAUGCCAUUGAAGCCUCUUGAAGAACUGGAGGAAAUUGUGUUGAAACUCUACAAAUUCAUGGAUUAUACAUCUUCGAUACUGAAAGAUAUACAGAGAGUGAAAUACAAAGAGCAGGAUAAGUAUCAUUUUCUUGACAACGUUCGCCUCCUGCUAUAA